AUAUGCAUUUCUUUUUUCUUAUAGAAUAUCAAGAGAUAGAGAAUGAAAAACCGAAAAAAACAGAGGAAUAUCGUAAUGAUUAUCAUCGUUUUUAUUCAAAUGGAUCAUAUCAUAAAAGUACUUCAACAAUAACUGAUACAUCAUCAAGUGAAUCAUCAGAAUAUGAAGAACUUAAAAUUCAAAUUUAUAAUGGAAAAUCACCAAGAUCUAUGUCAUUUACUGAUGAAAAACCAACAUUACCAUUAAUUAAUGAAGAACAAUUAAAUGAAGAAAAACAACAUAUGAAAAUUGAUAUAUUGAAUGGCAAAGAUUUAUAUGGUCAACGACAUAUUACAUAUUUUGAUCCAUCUAUUAAAUUUCAACAUGUUGAACCAAUUGAACAAUUUGAAAAUGAUGAUAUUAUUUCACGAAUUCCAAUGAAUAAUUAUCAAAUAAAAAAUGAACGUGAUUCAACAGUUCGAAUUAAAUUUGAACUUCCACCUCCACCACCAAUUGAUGAUAUUCAAGAAGAACAUAUUUAUGAGGACAUUCCAAAUAUUAUUCCUAAUCUAGAAAUUUCUACCACGCAUUUCAUCCAACAACAAUCGACUCCAAUUCAAGAUAAUCAUUUCAGUACAACUGAACAAUUACAAUUUAUUUCCUCUUCACCGAAUUCACUCGAUGAAGUUUUACAUAAUGUUGAGCAAUGGUCUGAUAUUAUUGUUGAUAAUGAUACACGUUUACCAUCAUCACCACGUCGAAUUUCACAAAUUUUACAUUUACUUCCAUCAACAAAUGAAUAUGUCGAUGAACCAUAUAUGAAUCAUCGAUUAGAUAUUAAUUCAAUUAAUAUUCUAAAUCUUUCUUUAAUUGAUAAAUCAAUUCAAGAAAUUCCACUUGAUAUGAAUCUUGUAGUUUAUGAACAACCAAAUGAAAUUGAAGAUCAAUCUAUAUUAAAUAUACAGUCGAGCACUCUAACUACUAAUGAAAUUAUUGUUGAUGAAUAUUUAACUAAUGUUGAUAAAAAUGAUUGUAUUGAAUUUUUACAAUCGUUUGAAAAUGAAAUAUUAACAAGUCAAAUUGAACUUAGUGAAUUAUCAAAUGAAUCAUAUGAUCAAUGGAAAUUUGUUAAUGUUGAUAAUCAAAUAACAUCGAUUAUGAAACAACAAGAAGAAAAUAAAACAUUAAUUUCAACAUAUUUAUCAAAUGUUAUUGAUCAAGUAAUUGAAAAAAUUCAUGUCGGAGAUGAAUUAUUCGAAGCUAAAAAAACUUUUAUUAUCGAUAUUCAAGCACCAAAUGAACAACUAUUAUCAACAAACAAUAUUGAUAUUGAUUUACUAUUAAAUCAAUUAGAUAAUAAUUCUUCAAUACAAUCGACUUCAUUUAAUUUACUUCCAAUAGAACCAACUUUAUCUAAUGAUAUUAUAGACAAAGAAAUUUUAACAUCAAAUAUACAUAAAAUUGAAGAAACAUAUGAAAUUUUAUCAAAUAAAAUUGUUGAUUAUAUUGAUAUACCAACAUGUAAAACAUAUUUAGUUGAUCAAAAACCUGAAGCUAUUAUUAUUACUACUGAAGAAAUUUCAACGAAUAAUUCAUCUGAAUAUUUUCCUAUGUCAAAUAUACAAAUAGAAUCUGUACAAACAACACAAGAUAUUCGAACAAAUGAACAAUCUUCUAUUAUAUAUCGUACUAUUAUUAAUGAAAAAUUACCGAGUGAAUCAUUAGAAUCUUUAUCUGUUCCAGCUCAAUUAGAUUUAUUACCACUUGCAACAAUGCCCGAUCAAACAACAAAUAUAGAUGAACAACGUAUACCAGAUAGAAUUGUUCAAGAUGUUCUUUCGGCUUCACUCAAACCAAGAAAAGUUACACAUAUUGAAGGUACUACAGAAAUCAUACCAAUCAUUUUAUCUUCAUCAACAGAUAAUUCAAAUCAAAUUUCUUUUAUAAAUGAUUAUGAUGAAUUUUUUGAUGUUGAAUCAGAAUUUUCAAAUGAAAUGACAAAAACAGAUGUUACAUUAAUUACAUCAUUAGAAAAACCUCCAAUUACUCUUGCUGUAGCUGAAAAAUUACAACAUGAUGCAGCUAUUGAUGAUUUUAAUGAAAUUAAACUUGAUUUAACAUUAACAAAAAAACUAAUUAGUGUAGAAAAUUUUACUUCAAUAGAAGAUGAAAUGAAUACAUUAAUAUCUUUACCAUCAGAAAUAACUGAAAAAGAAGAACAGACUAUUGAAAAUCAACAACAAAUUGAUUCUAAUAAAAAAUCUAAACUAAUUAAAAAGAAGAAACAAAUUGUAUUGCAGAGUCCCGUUGAAGAGAAUCAAAAACUGCUACUUACUGAAGAAUCAAAAUCAAUCGACGAACAAAUGACAACAACAACAACAACAACUGAAGCGAUAACAUCAAUUGAUCAAAAUAUUCAAGAAACUAUUUCUUCAGAAUUAGAAAAACAAAAUUCUUCGGAAGACAUAUCUGAUUUACAAAAAAUUUCUGAUGGAAAGAAAAACGAACAAAUUAUCAUUGAAAAAUCAACAUCAAUUGAAUCAUUCAAUCAAAAACAAAUUGAUCAAGAUCCGUCAUCAGAAAAAUUAUCUAUUUUUCAACAGGAAUCAUUACAAAUUGAAGCUAUUCAAAUAUCAUCACCUAACGUAUCGAUCACACAUGUAGAACAAGAAUUGAUUCGUCCAAAAUUUUCUCUUCGCCUGAAACCAACAACUAUAAUAAAUAAUAAUGAUAAACUUCAACUUGAAGUUCAUUUCAUUGGUCAACCUGAACCAAAGGUAACAUGGUAUUUUAAAUCAAAUGUGCUUGUACCUUCAUCUAAUGUACAUAUUGAUCAAUCACAUGAUAUUCAUACGUUUAGUUCAAUAUUAACUAUCGAUAAAAUAAAUUCUAAUUAUGAUGGUAAAUUUAAAGUAAUAAUAAAGAAUGAAUUAGGUGAAGCUGUUAGUGUUGCACAAGUAAAUGUUAAACGAGAAUGUGUAGCUCUACAACUUCAUGUACCUAUGAAAAAAACACUCAUGAACAAUACUUCAAUGUCUUCAAACAAUGAAACAACAAGUAUACAAUUAAUUCGACGAGAGAGUAAUAAUUAUAUAUUGUCUUCGAAUAAAAAUAACGGUGAAAGUGAAAAAAUGCUUAAUGAAACUUCUAAUGCUACUGUGAGACGUCCUUCUUACAGUACAUUAGUUAUACCUGAAGGAAAGCCUAGUUUUCCUCAAGCACUUGAAAAUGAAUUAUUUAUUAAUGAAGAUGAUCCACUUACUCUGGAAUGUGUAAUUGCUGGUAAUCCAUUACCUGAAUUAAUUUGGAUACAUAAUGAUCGUAAAAUAGUUAUUGGAGAUGGUUAUGAUAGAAAAAUUGAAACAUUAAAUCCUCAUACUGUUCGUCAUCAAUUACAUAUAGCUUCUAAACAUAAAAAAUUAGGUGUUUAUAAAGCUCAAGCACAAAAUACCUAUGGUCAUACAAUAAGUAUAUGUAAUGUUAAAAAAUCUGCACAAUCAAUUGAUCGACGACGAGCUGCUUUUGAAGAAUCCGAAUUACAAGCUCCUGCUCCACCUAUUCCAAGACGUCGUUCAAGUACAACACAACCUAAUAUUGAACAAACUCAACCAAUAACACAAAAACCAGUUAUUAUUCAAGGCCUUUCAACUUAUCAAGUUGAUUUAAGUUCACCAUGUGCAUUAACAUGUAAAUCAAAAUAUGAUACUGAAUAUCAAUGGUUUAAAGAUGGUCAACCUUUUGAUCCUAAAAAAUUAAAAGAUGCAAAUAUAUUUACAAAAGUUGAUCGUUCACAAGAUGGAAAUAUACAUGUACUUAAUAUAAAACAAUUUAAACAAGAAAAUUCUGGUCAAUAUGAAUUAAUAUUAAAAAAUAGUUUAGGAGAAAUUAAUUCUAAAGGACAAUUAGAAAUGAAAGGUGUACCACCAACAUUUACUGUUGAACCAAAAUCAACAGCAGGUGUUAAAGGAAAAAUGGUAGAAUUUAAUUGUCGUGUUGUUGGAAGUCCUAAACCAGAAGUACAAUGGUUUCUUAAUGGACAACUUUUACAUUCAGGUGGUAAAAUUUCUAUUGUUGAGGAACGUGGUUUAGUUGUUCUUCGUAUAAAUAAUAUAGCAGAUAAUGAUGCUGGUACAAUAAAAUGUCUUGUAAAAAAUAGUUUAUCAGAAAUAUCACGUGAAGUUCAAUUACAAAUAACUGGUGAACAACGUGCACCAGUUAUAAUUGAUAAAUCAAAAUCAGUUGAAAUCAAGCCUAAUGAAAGUGUAGAAUUUUUUGUUAAAAUAUCUGGUUCACCAAAACCAACAGUUACAUGGACUCGAAAAGGAAUAUCAAUAUCUCCAAAUGAAUUAUACCAAUUAAGAACAGAAAAUGAUAUGUAUUAUUUAUUAAUUAAAAAAGCUGUUGCUGAUGUUAUGGGAACUUAUGUUAUAACAGCUAGUAAUGUUAAUGGAAAAAAUUCAACAGAAAUUGAUCUUGGUAUUACAGGUUUGGCUACAUUAUUUGAAAGACCAUUACGUGAUACAUCAGUUACACAUGGACGUCCAUUAACACUUGAUUGUGAAGUUAAUACUAAAAAAGGUGUACCAACAAUUGUUUGGAUGAAAAAUAAUCAACCAAUAGAAAAAUCAGAUCGUAUUGUUGCAUCAACGAAAGGAAAUAAAGUUCAUGUCUUAACAAUAAAACAAGCUAUACCAUCCGAUGCUGGUUAUUAUAGUGUAAAAGCUACUUUAGGUAGUGAAACAAGUACAUCUGAUGCUCAAGUUGUUGUUGAAGUUGCUCCAACAUUUGUUAAACUACCAGAAAUAGUCACUGUUGUUGAUGGACAAGAUUGUGAAAUAAAUAUUGAAGUAUCUGGUUUACCACCUCCUCAAGUUAAAUGGUCCUAUUUAGCUGAAGAUUUAGUAACAAAUGCUAAAUAUAAAAUAACAUCUAGUGAUACGAAUCAUCAAUUACGUGUUCAACGUGCAACAGCAAAAGAUGCCGGUGAAUAUCAAGUUGUUUGUUCAAAUAAUCUUGGUCGUAUAACAGGAAGAAUAGAAGUUCGAAUAUCAUCACCACCUGUUGUAGUUCAACCAUUAAAAGAUUUACUUAUACCAAUAAAACGUACUGCUCGAUUAGAAACACAAAUUUAUGCAUAUCCAGAACCGAAAAUCGUCUGGUCAAAGGAUGCAAUACCAAUGGAUUUUAGUUUAGCUCCUGCACGAAUAAAUGCUGAAGAUCGUCGAGGAACUUAUGCAUUAGUUAUUAAAAAUGUACAAUUAGAAGAUAGUGGAUUUUAUGUAUGUACAGCACAAAAUCCACUUGGUUCAACUAAAACAUCAGCUACAUUAACAAUUGAAGUUGCACCAGUAUUUUUACAAAAAUUAGAAAAAUUAGAAGGUGUUGAAAAUUGUGAUAUUGAUAUUCGUGUACAAGUUGCAGGUUAUCCAAGACCUUCAUUAGUUUUUUCAUUUAAUCAAAAACCAAUUGAUUUAAGAGAUCGAUAUUCAUUAAAAGAACUUAAAGGUGGUUGGUAUGUAUUUACAAUUGCAAAUGCACGAGCAUCCGAUGCUGGAUCAUAUUCAUGUACAGCAACAAAUUUACUUGGACAAGCAUCAUGUGUUGGUAAAUUAACAUUAUUUCCAUUAUCACCACCAAAUUUUACAAAAAAUUUAAGUGAUGCAAUAUUUCCUGUUGGUGGAAUAUUAAAAGCUGAUCUUAAAGUAAAUGGUUUACCAUUUCCACGUUUAACAUGGCUUAAAGAUGGACAAGUUUUUGAUGAAAAUGAUCGUACAUCAAUUGUAUAUGAUACACGUUCAGCAACAUGGACAUUAACAAUACGUGAUUGUCAAGAACAUGAUACAGGCGUUUAUGAAUGUCGUGCUAAAAAUCCUGGCGGAGAAAAAUCAACUAAAUGUACAAUAACAGUUUCUGGUGAAGCACCAUCAUUUACAGAUGCACCAGAAAAAGUUAGUUGUUUGGCAGGGCAAACAGCUGUAUUUGGUUGUCGAGUAUCAGGUGAUCCAUAUCCAUUAGUUGUAUGGUCAAAAGGUAAAGGAAAAACAUUUACAGAAAAUACACCAAAAUAUGCACUUUAUUAUGAUGAUGAACUUGAUGCACAUUUUUUUGAAAUUAAUCAAUGUUCACAAGCUGAUACUGGAACUUAUACAGUUACAGUUCAAAAUGUACAUGGAACAUUAACAAAACCUGUUUCAUGUUUUACUGUAACAAAACCAGAUGAAGUUAUUGAUUAUAAAAGUAUUUUACGUAGAAUGGUAGCUUUAGUACGUGAUCGUGAAGGUGGUCCUGAUUGGGGUAAAUUAAAAAAAGGUAAAGGUAAACCAAAAGGUCCAGGUGAUCCUGGUUGGCAAUAUCAAUUAAAACAUUUUGAAUUAACUGGUGAUGCACAAUUAAAAACACGUGCAAAAGGUGAAGCUGGUGAUUUAAUAGGUUUAUCACCUACUGAUUUUGUUAAACGUCGAUCAACAGCAGGUACAGAUGGUAGUGGAAAUUUAGACGAUGAUGAUGGACAUGGAUUAGGUGUACCAAAAUCAGGAACCGGUAAAGAUCGUCGAAUAUCACGUCUUGGUCUUGUAACAUUUACAAAACCACUUUCAAAUAUAACAGUACAUGAAGGUAAAAAUGCUGCAUUUGAAUGUAAUGUAUCUGAAGCUGAAGCACCUGUAACAUGGUAUAUUAAUGAUCAACCUGUACCAAGUCAACGUGCACAAACAUUAUCAAUUGGUAAAACACGUCGUCUUGUAUUAAAAGAUUGUUUAUUAAAUGAAAAUAAUUCAAAAAUAACAUGUGCACUUGAUGAAGCAACAAAAACAGAUGCACAAUUAUUUGUUAAAGAAGAACCAUUUGAUUUUACAGAUAAAUUAAAAAAUUUAAAAGUUAAACGUGGUGAUAAAUGUGAAUUACAAUGUACAGUUAAUAAACCUAAUAUUGCAUUACAAUGGUUUAAAGAUGGUAAACCAAUAACAGAUGUUAAAGAAGAAGUUGAUGGUUUAGUUCAUCGAUUAAUUAUACCAAAUACUACUGAUGCAGAUAAAGGUGUUUAUACAGCAAAAUAUCAAGAUCUACAAACAGAAGGAAAUGUAGAAAUAUUAGGUCCACCACAAAUUGUUAAACCUCCAAAUGAUUCUAUUCUUCUUGUUGGUCAAUCUGUUCUUCUUACUGCUGAAGUAACUGGUAGUCCAAAACCACAAGUUACAUGGUUAUUUAAAGGUCAACCACUUAAACCAACAGUAACAAAACAUCAAAUUGAUACAAAAAAAGAUGGUGUACAUAUUUUAAAUAUUCUUAAAGGUGAACCAGCUGAUGAAGGUGAAUAUACAAUUAUGGCUGAAAAUGCUGUUGGUAAAGUUCAAGCACAAGCUAAAGUAAGAGUAUGUACAAAACCAAAAGUCGAUAAAUUAGCUGAUGUUUCGGUUAAUAUUGGUGAAAAUGCUCGUAUACAAUGUCAAUAUUCAGGUAAUCCAACACCAACUAUAACUUGGUAUAAAGAUGGAAAUCCUAUACCAAAUAAUGAUCAACGAUUUAAAAUUACACAAGAAACAACAACAUUAUCUGUAUUAACAAUUAAUAAUACAAAUAUGGAUGAUAAAGGUGUUUAUUCAGUUAAAUUAACAAAUAUUGCUGGUGAAGUUGAAGGAAAAGCUAAUUUAAUUAUUAAACCAAUUAAACCAACUAUAACUCGUGAUCUUGAUGCAGCAUAUACAGGUACAAAAGAUGAAGAUCUUAUAUUAUCAAUAGCUGGUACUGGUAAUCCAACUCCAACAUGUCAAUGGUUUAAAAAUAAUACUGAAUUAACAUCAACAACAGAUAAACGUAUACAAUUUAAAGAAGAUAAAACAACAAAUGAAUAUUUUCUUAUUAUUAAAAAUGCUAAUCAAGAUGAUUUGGGAGAAUAUCAAGCACAAUUAACUAAUGUUGCUGGUUUAAUUAAAUCAAAAAAAAGUAAAGUUAAUAUACAAAAACAACCAACAUUUAUUAAAAAACCACAAUCAAUUACUGUUAAUCAAAGUGAUACAAGUAAAAUUGAAUGUCAAAUUGAUGCAUUACCACAAGCAAAACUAACUUGGUUAGCUAAUGGUAAACCAGUUACAAUUAAAGAUGGAUAUGAAACAACAUUUGAUACGAAAACUGGUAUUGCAACAUUAAAUAUUAAAAAUAUUACAACAAAACAUGCUGGUCCAAUAACUAUUCGUGCUGAAAAUGUGGCUGGUUCAGCUGAAGAAACUGUUGAUAUUAAUGUUCGUUCAGCACCAAUACUUCUUAAACCAUUAACUGAUACAGAAGUUAUUACUAAUAAUGAUGCAACAUUUACUUGUGAAUUUCAAUCAUCACCAACAGCAAAUAUUCAAUGGUUUGCUAAUGGUAAACCAAUAAAUUCAACACCAAAUAAAUAUGAUAUAAUAUAUGAUAAAAAAACAAAUCAACAUAAACUUAUUAUUAAAAAUACAACAUUAGCUGAUCAUGGAACUUAUACGGCAAAAGCAACAAAUGAACUUGGAAAUAUUCAAACUGAAGCUAAACUUAAUGUUACUAAUGCACCAAGUUUUAUAAAUGGUUUACAAGAUAAAAUAGUUAUUGCAAAAGAUACAACUGAAUUAAAUGUUAAAGUUAAUGGUAUACCACAACCAACAUUAACUUGGUUAAAAGCUGGAAAAGAAAUAAAACCUGAUGAUAAAAAAUAUUCAAUUGUACCUAUAGAUAAAGAUGGCAAUGCUAAAUUAAUAAUCAAAGAUAUUAAUGAAGAUGAUCAUAGUUUAUAUUCUUGUAUAGCUAAAAAUAAAGUUGGUACAAAUCAAACUGAUGGUCAUUUAAAUGUAACAGCACCAUUAAAAUUUAUUCAACCAUUACAAGAUACUGAUGUACUUAAUACACAAAAUGCAACAUUAAAUUGUGAAGUACAAGGUAUUCCAAAAGCAAAUGUUAAAUGGUACUUUAAUGAUAUUGAACUUAAAUCAACACAAAAACAAACAAUAUCAAGUAAACAAAAUGUCCAUUCAUUAACAGUUACUCGUGCUGAUCUGACUGAUGCUGGUGUUUACAAAGCAGUUGCUGAUAAUGGUACGGGUAAAACCGUUGAAACAACAUGUACUCUUACUGUUGGAAGCAAACCAAAAGUCGAAGGUAAACCUAAUGAUGUUACUGUCAAUGUUGAACAACCAGCUGUACUUGAAUGUACAUUUUCUGGUUUUCCAAAACCUGAAGUAACUUGGUUUAAAGAUAAUGUUCCUAUUGUACCUGAUCAACGUAUAAAAGUUCAUGAAGAUAAACCAAAUGUACAUUCAUUAAAAAUUUCUUCAUCACAAAUUGAUGAUAAAGCAACAUAUACAUGUAAAGCUAAAAAUCGUUUUGGUGAAGUUGAAGCAAAAAUGAAUUUAAAUGUUAAUUCAAUUAAACCAAAUAUUGUUCGUGAUUUACCAGAACAACAAAUUGUUGAAAAAAAUAAACCAUUAGAACUUCAAGUUGAAGUAACUGGUUUACCACAACCACAAGUUAAAUGGUUUAAAGGUAAUGAUGAAAUAAAUCCAGCAACAAAUAAAGAUUAUCAAAUAACAUUUGAUAAUAAACAAACAUAUACAUUACAUGUAAACAAUUCUUCACCUGAUCAUCAAGGUGAAUAUUCAGCACAAGCUAUAAAUCCAGAAUUUAUUAAAUUACCACAAUCACAAACAGUUAAAGAUGGACAACCAGUUGUAUUUGAUGCACAAAUUGAUGCUUAUCCACUACCAAAAGUGACAUGGCUUAAAAAUGAUAAACCAUUAACACCUGAUCUUGGUUUUGAAAGUCAAUUUGAUGCUAAAACUGGUCAAAUAACACUUAAACAUAAAGGUGUAACUCCUAAACUAGCUGGUCCACUUAUCUGUCGAGUAGAAAAUGCAGCUGGUACAACAGAUGCACCAGUAACACUUGAUGUUCAAACUGCACCAGUUAUUACAAAGAAAUUAACUGAUCAAGAAGUUAUGGUUAAUAAUGAUAUUCGUUUUGUUGCUGAUAUUACAGGUUCACCUUCACCAAAAAUAUCUUGGAUGAAAGAUGAUGUACCAAUUAAACCUGAUGCUCAACAUAUUAUUGAAUCUGAUGGUACAACUCAAACAUUAACUAUUAAAAAUGCUAAAAUAACUGAUGAAGGUAAAUAUCGUGUAUUAGCUGAAAAUCCACUUGGUCAUGUUGAAUCACCUGCACAAUUAACAAUUCUUGAACAUCCAGUAGUUGAUCAACCAUUUGGUAAUGUAACACAACCAAUUGGUUCUGAUGUUAAUCUUAAAUGUAAAGUUAUUGGUGGUCGACCAAAAGCAACAAUAACAUGGCUUAAAAAUGGUAAAGAAUUUAAACCUGAUGAUCGACAUAAAACAAAAGUCUUACCUGAUGGUACAUGUGAAUUAUCUAUAAAAUCAAUUGAUGAAACAGAUAAUCAAGAUAAAUAUACAUUAUUAGUUAAAAAUAAAGUUGGACAAAAUGAAAUUAAUUCAACAAUAACAGUUCAAGCACCAUUAGAAUUUGUUCAACCAUUAAAAGAUCAAGAUGUUCUUUCACAAUCACCAUGUGUAUUAACUGUUGAAACAAAUGGAAUACCAAAACCAACAGUUAAAUGGUUUUUUAAUGAUCAAGAAAUUAAAAAUACUCCUAAAACUAAACUUGAAUCUAAACAAAAUACUCAUACAUUAACAUUACCAAAAACUGAAUUAACUGAUGAAGGUACAUAUAAAUGUGUUGCAACAAAUCCUGAUGGUACAGUUGAAACAAAAGCAAAAAUUUCUGUGUGCACUAAACCAAAAGUUGAAGGUAAAGUAAAUGAUGUUACCGUACAAAUUAAUGAACCAGCUGAAUUACGUACUAAAUUCAGUGCAAUACCUAAACCAACUGUAACUUGGUAUAAAGAAAGUGAUUUAAAGACACCAAUAAAACCAAAUAAUAAUAUUGAAAUUAGUGAAUUACCUGAUGGUACAAGUGUAUUGAAAAUAAAAAAAACUGAUUUAACAGAUACUUCACCAUAUAUUGCUCGUGCAACAAAUAAAGUUGGUGAAGUUGAUUCAAAAAUAAAUUUAACUGUUAAAGAAAUUAAACCACAAAUUUUAUCUGAUUUAACAAAUGUAAAUGCAAUUCGUGAUGAACCAGCACAAUUUACUAUAAAAGCAACAGGAAAUCCUCAACCAACAAUUCAAUGGUUUAAAAAUGAUACGGAAGAAAUUCUUCCAACAAAUAAAGAUUUUCAAAUCAUUCAUGAUAAACCAUCUGAUACAUAUAGUCUUAAAAUAAAUAAAUGUAAACCUGAACAUCAAGGUGAUUAUUCAGCUGUUAUAACAAAUUCUGGUGGUACAAUUAAAUCUAAAAAAGGUAAAUUAGUUGUUACAAAAGCACCAGAAUUUCUUGAAAAACCAAAACCAAUUGAUACAAAUGAAAAUCAAUUAGCUGAAUUUCAUACAAAAAUUGAUGGUUUUCCAACACCAAAAAUUACAUGGUUAUUUGAUGGAAAACCAGUUACACCCAAAGAUGGUUUUGAUGUACAAACAGAUCAAACAAAUGGUACAUCAGUAUUAACAAUUAAACAAGUUACACCUAAACAUGAUGGAAAAAUUACUGUUAAAGCAGAAAAUCCAACAGGUUCAGUUGAAGAAACUGUACCAUGUUCAGUUAAAACGGCACCAAAAAUUACAAAAAAACCAACAGAUACAGAAGCAUUAAUACAUACAGAUGCAGUUUUUACUGUUGAUAUUGCUGGUUCACCGAAACCAAAAGUUGAUUGGAUUCAUGGUGGUCAAGUAAUAAAACCAUCAAAGAAAUAUGAAAUUGUUGAAGAUACACCAACAACAUCAAAAUUAAUUAUUCAUGAUGUUACACCAGAAGAUGAAUUACCUGUUCAAAUUAAAGUUAAAAAUCCUCUUGGUGAAACUGAUACAACUGUUCAACUUAAAGUACUUGAAACACCACGUAUUGAACCUUCAUUACCUGAUAAAGAAGUAACAUUAAAUCAACCACUUGUUCUUAAAACAAAAGUUCAUGGUCGUCCAAAAGUUGAUGUUCAAUGGUUAAAAGAUCAAAAACCAAUAACACCAUCAGAUCAUAUUAAAAUUGAACAAAAUGGUGAUGAUUGUACGUUAACUAUUCCAAAUGUUAAAGAAGAAGAUAUGGGUACAUAUACAUUAUCAGUUAAAAAUAAAGUUGGAAAAGUUGAUUCAACAUCACAUGUUAAUGUAACAGCUCCAUUAAAAUUUACUGGUAAAUUAAAUGAUCUAGACAUUGUACAAGGUGCAAAUGGUGUUCUUAAUAUUGAAUGUGAAGGUGUACCGAAACCAAAAUUAACUUGGUAUUUCAAUGAUAAUGAAAUUAAAUCUACUCAAAAGACUCGUAUUGAUACAAAAGGUCCACAGAGUUCAUUAACAAUCAAUAAAGCUGAUAUGCCUGAUAUUGGUGUUUAUAAAGUCGUAGCCGAUAAUGGUAAAGAAAAAAUUGAAACAACAGCUCAUGUUGAUGUUUGUGUUAAACCAAAAGUUGAAGGUAAACCAUCGGAUGUAUCAUGUUUAUUAAAUGAAACUGCUAAAUUAAAUGUUAAAUUUACGGCUAUACCAAAACCAACAAUAACAUGGCAUAAACCUGAUGGUACUGAAGUAAAACCUGAUAAACGUAUUCAAAUUGUUAACGAUGAUAAUGGACAAUCAACAUUAAUUAUUAAUGAUGCAACAACACAAGAUUCUCAACCUUAUACAGCACGUGCAACAAAUAAAGUUGGAUCUACUGAUGCUAAAAUUAAUUUAACUGUUAAAGAAGUAAAACCAACAUUAAAAAAUGAUCUUGAACCACAAACAAUUAAUGUUGGUGAUGAACUUGUUUAUCGUCUUGCUGUUGAUGGUCGACCAAUACCAACAGUUAAAUUCUAUAAAGAUGGAAAUGAAGUUGGUCCAGUUACUAUUGAACCACCAACUAAACCUGGUGAUACAACUGCAAUUGCAGUUCUUCGUAUUCCAAAGGCUACAACUAAUGAUCAAGGUGAAUAUCAAGCUUCAGUUGAAAAUCCUGCUGGUGUUGUUAAAACUAAAAAAGUUAAAGUUACUGUUCAACAAACUCCAGUUUUUCUCAAAGCUCCUGAAGAUACAUCUGUUAGUCAAGGUAAAGAUGUUACAUAUGAAGCUCAACUUUCAGCAUAUCCAGUACCAAAAGUAAAUUGGUUAUUAAAUGAUAAACCAUUAACACCAAAUGCUGAUUGUUCAAUUACAUUUGAUGCAGCAACACAAAAAGCUUCAUUAACAUUACGUAAAGUUGAUUCAGAUAAACAUACAGGAAAAAUAACAUGUCAAGUUGAAAAUCCAGCUGGAAAAGUAACACAUGAUGCUAAACUCGAUGUUCGUACACAACCAAAAUUAACAAAACCAUUAAAAGAAGAAAGUGUUAUUCAAGGAAAUGAUGUUACAUUAUCUAUUGAAUCAACUGGAAAUCCAGCACCUAAACCAGAAUGGUAUUUUAAUGAUAAACCUAUUUCACCAAAUGAUCAACAUUAUCAAAUAAUAACACCAAAAGAAGGAAAUACAUAUGAACUUAAAGUAAAACAAACAAAACCAACUGAUGAAGGUAAUUAUAAAGUUGUUUUGAAAAAUAGUGAAGGUGAAGUAACAAGUCAAGCUAAAUUAAAUGUUCAUACAACACCUGUUAUUGAAGCUUUACCAGCUAAAAUUGAAGCUGUACAAGAUGAAAAAGUUACUAUUCGAUGUAAAGUUUCUGGACGUCCAAAACCUGAAAUAACAUUUUUAAAAGAUAAAAAAGAUGUUACAACAUUAGAUGAUAAAGAACGUUUUCAUAUUGAACAUGAUGAUAAAACAGAUGAAGUUCGUCUUAUUAUAUCUAAUGUUAAAGAAGAAGAUCAAGGUAAAUAUACAGUACGUGCUAAAAAUCCAGCUAAUACAACUGAAGAACAUACAAAUUUAAUUGUUAGUGCACCAUUAGCAUUUAUUGAUAAAUUACAAGAUACAGAUGUAAUUAGUGGACAAAAUUUAACAUUAACAUGUCGUUGUCAAGGUAUACCUAAACCAACAAUAAAAUGGUAUCAAAAUGAUACUGAAAUAAAAUCAACAACAAAACAAAAAAUUGAAUCAAAACCCGAUGGUACACAAACAUUAACAAUAAAUCGUGUUGAUUUAACUGAUGGUGGACAAUUUAAAGUUGUUGCAACAAAUCCACAAGGUACGGUAACAUCAACAUGUAAUGUUGAUGUUCUUAUGAAACCUAAAAUUGAUGGUAAAGUACAAGAUACUCAAGUUGUUAUUGAUGAACCAGCUGAAUUAAAUGUUAAAUUAUCUGGUGUACCAAAACCAAAUAUUCAAUGGUUUAAAAAUGGUGAACCAUUAAAUAUUGAUAAUAAACGUAUGAAAGUUAUUGAUAAACCUGAUGGUUGUUCAUUACUAAUUGAUCAUGCACAAUUAGAUGAUAAAGGUUCAUAUACAUUAAAAGCAACAAAUAAAGCUGGUGAAGUUGAAUCACCUAAAAUAGCAUUAAAUGUAACAGCUGUACAACCAAAACUUAAAUCAGAUUUACAACCAACAUUAAAUGUUACCAAAGGUGAACCAAUUGUUUUAACAAUACAAGCUGAUGGUAAACCAAAACCACAAGUUAAAUGGUUUAAAGGAACUGAAGAAAUUCCAGUAAAUCAACCAGGUGUUAAAAUGAUUGAAGAAGGUGAUAAUACAUAUAAAUUAAUUAUUGACAAAGCAACUGAUAAAGAUCAAGGAGACUAUAGUGCAGUUGCUCAAAAUCCUGGUGGACAAGUUAAAACAAAAAAGACAGCUGUUACUGUUACAAAAACACCUGAAUUUGUUACUAAACCAACCGAUACAACUGUUAAACAAGGUGAAACAGCAACAAUUGAAUGUAAAAUUGAUGGUUUACCUGUACCUAAAAUAACUUUAUUACGUGAUGGAAAACCAUUAACACCUAAAGAUGGUAUUGAACAAACAUUUGAUGCUCCCAAUAAUCGUCUUGUCAUAACCGCUAAAAAUGCUCGUGUUGAUCAAAGUGGUACAUUAACUUGUAAAUUAGAAAAUCCAGUUGGAACAACUGAAACUCCAUUUAAAUUAAAUGUUACAGCUGCACCAACUAUAUCCAAAGGUUUAACUGAUCAAGAAUGUCUUUUAGGUAAAGAUCUACGUUUAACAGUUGCCGCAUCAGCUAGUCCACAACCAACAGUUAAAUGGUUUAAAGAUAAUGUUGAAUUAAAAAAUGUUGGUACUAAAGUUAAUGAUGAUACUUAUGAAUUAGUUAUACCAAAUGUUAAACCAGAAGAUGAAGGAAAUUAUAAAGCUGUUAUUUCAAAUCCUCUUGGAGAUAAAGAAUCUCAAUGUAAAGUAAAUGUUAUUGAACCAACAGAUCUUAAAUGUGAAUUUCCUGAACAACAAACAAUUCAAGUUGGUAAACCAAUUAAACUUGAAUGUAAAGUUAGUGGACGUCCACAACCUGAUGUAAUAUGGACAAAAGAUGGUAAAGAAGUAAAACCAUCGGAUCAUGUUGAAAUAACUAAAAAACCUGAUGGUACUUGUGCAUUGACAAUUAAACAAGCUACACCAGAUGAUAAAGGUGUUUAUAAAGUAACAUGUAAAAAUAAAUUACAAACACGUGAAGCUCAAACACAAAUUCAAGUUUCAUCACCAUUGAAAUUUAAUACAGCACUUAAAGAUAAUGUAGCACAAGUUGGACAAAGUGUUACACUUGAAGUUGAUUGUGAAGGAUUACCUAAACCAACAGUUAAAUGGCUUUGUAAUGGACAAGAAAUAACACCAUCAGCUAAACAUAAAAUAGAAUCAAAAGGAAAUACUAAUAAAUUAACAAUACCUAAAGUUGAUCUUGUUGAUACGGGUGUCUAUGAAGUUGUUGUUUCAAAUGGUCUUGAAACUAUCAAAUCACAAUCAAAACUUGAUGUUUGUGUCAAACCUAAAGUUGAAGGUAAACCUACGGAUGUUAAUGUCCAUAUUGGUGAACCAGCUAAACUACAAUGUAAAAUCACUGCCUCACCAACACCAACCGUUACUUGGCUUAAAGACGGUCAACCAUUGAAACCAUCGGAUAAUGUCACUCCACAUAGUGAACCUGAUGGUACACAAACUCUUACUUUUAAAUCUGCUCAAAUGACCGACAAAGCAACAUAUACAUGUCAAGUAACAAAUGUUGGUGGUACAGCAGAAGCUAAAUUAAAUCUUAAUGUUCAACAAAUUAAACCAACUCUUAAAUCUGAUCUUAACAAAGAUAUAACUGCUCAAGCAGGUGAAAGAAUUCCAUUAACAAUACAAGUAUCAGGUACCAAACCUAAUGUAAAAUGGUAUAAAAAUGGUGAAGAAAUUGAUCAAACAACUGAAGAAAAUAUUGAAAUUGUUGAAGAAGAAGAAACAUAUACAUUUUUAAUUAAAAAUGCUAAACCAAAAAAUAGUGGUGAAUAUCAAGCCGUUAUUACAAAUGAUGUUGGACAAAUAAAAACAAAAAAAAUUAAAUUACAAGUACAAAAAGCACCAGAAUUAAAAAAGAAACCACAACCAUUGAUUACUGUUAAAGAAGGUGAACCAGCAUGUUUUGAAUGUGAAUUUGAUGGAAAUCCACAACCAAAAGUUUCAUGGUUACGUGAUGGAAAACCAUUAACACCUAAAGAUGGUUUUGAUAUUAAAACAGAUACAACAACUGGUAAAAGUACAAUAACUGUAAAUCAAGCAACACCAAAACAUGCUGGUCCAAUAACAUUACGUUUAGAAAAUUCAGUUGGUACACCUAUUGAAGAAACUGUACAAUUACAAGUUGAAACACCACCACAAUUAUUACAAAAACCACAACCAACAUGUGAAGCACAUUUAAAUCAAACAGCAUCAAUUCCAUUUAAAUGUUUAGCAUCACCAAAACCAAAUAUUAAAUUAUAUAAAAAUGAAAUUCAUAUACCAUUAACCGGUGAUCAUUAUGAACUUGUACCAAAUCCAAAUGAUUCAACAAGUUUUGAAAUUAAAAUUAAAAAAGUUCAACCUGAUGAUGAAGGAAAUUAUCGUAUACAUAUUGAAAAUCCUUUAGGACAUGUUGAUUCAAAUGUUCAAGUAACAACAGUUGAUAAUGUAUCAAUAAAACCAACAUCAAAACCAAAUAAAACAGAUUUAAAACAACAUGAAACAUUAAAUAUUGAAUAUAUUGUUGAUGGAAAACCAAAACCUGAUAUAACUUUUAUGAAAGAUGGUAAAGAAGUAAAACCAUCACCUAAAACACAAAUAACUUAUGAUGAAAAAACAAAAGUUUGUCGAUUAGUUACAACAGAUGUUAGUGAAGAAGAUCAAGGUACUUAUACAUUAGUUGCAAAAAAUAAAUUAGGUAAACAAGAAAGUGAACCUAUUAAAGUUAAUGUUACAGCACCUAUUGCUGUUAAAACAAAAUUACCUGAAACAACUGAUGCUGUACUUGGUGAACAAACAACCUUAACUGUUGAAGCUGAAGGUCUUCCUCAACCAAAAGUCACAUGGCUGUUCAAUGGUCAACCAGUUAAACCAACACAAAAACAUAAAAUUGAUACACCAAAAGAAAAUCCAAAUCAAACAACAUUAACUGUUAGUAAAUUAGAUAAAACCGAUGUAGGCAAAUAUACAGCUAUUAUUGAUAAUGGUGUUGAAAAAGUUGAAACAAGUACUACAUUAAAUGUUCAUACUAAACCUAAAUUAGAAUCUAAACUUGAACCAACAACAUCAUUUAAUAUUGGUGAACAAGCAGAAAUACCAAUUCGUCUCAGUGGUGAAAAUAAUACAGUAACUUGGUAUAAAGAUUCUAAAGAAAUUCGUUUUGAUAGUCGUACUCGUAUUGUAACUGAAGAAUAUAAUUCUUAUAAAUUAGUUAUUGAUGAUUUACGACCAGAAGAUAAAGGUGUUUAUACAAUGGUAAUUAAAAAUAAAGCUGGAUCCGUAGAAGUCAAAACUGUAUUAAAUGUCAAAGAACAAAAACCACAAUUAUUAGCUGAUUUAAAUGAUUCUCCAGCUGCAAAUACAGCUAAAAUAGGUGAAGAAUUCUUCUUAGAAAUUCGCGCACAAGGUAAACCACCACCAAAAGUAGCAUGGUUAUUAAAUGGACAAGAAUUAUCAUCGACAUCAUCUGAUUAUGAAUUAAUUGUAACUGAAGAUGGUUAUUAUCGUAUUAAAUUUCAUCAUUUUCAUGAACGUUAUCUUGGUGAAUAUCAAGCUGUAAUAACAACUAGUGCAGGUUCAGUACGAACAAAAAUAGUUCGAGUUGCUGGACAACAAGCACCUGUAUUUACUCAAGCACCACCGAAAUUUAUUCAAAUAAAAUCAGGUGAAAAAUUAACAAUUGAAUGUAUGGUUAAAGGACAUCCAACACCAAAAGUAACUUGGUUACGUGAUGGAAAAGUUUUAUCAAAUAAAGAUGGUUUUGAAAUUAAAACUGAUUCAACAACUGGUCAUGGAAUAUUUAUUAUUCCAAGUGGAUCAGUUAAAUAUUCAGGCAAAUAUGAAUGUAAAGUUGAAAAUCAAUAUGGUACACAUACAGCUGAAAUUAAUAUUGAUGUUCUUCCACCAACAGUUACACAACAAAAAUUAAAAGAUUUUGAUAUAUCACGUGGACAAGAAGUUACAAUAACGGUUACAGCUAGUGGUACUCCAUUACCAUCUUGUACAUGGUUUCAUAAUGAUAAACAACUUUUUCAAAAAGCUAAUCGUGUUGUAAUGAUUGAUGAUGGACCAACACAUAUUUUGAAAUUACUCGGUGUUGAAUUAGCUGAUGCAGGACAAUAUAAAGCAGUUGUUCAAACUGACAUGGGUACAACUGAAUUAGUCAGUCAAGUCACUGUUAGAGAUGUAUCUGAUGAAUCAUCAGUGCCAGUUGACGUUCGUGCAAGUCAAGGUGGUUCCUGUACACUUGAAUGUCAAACAUCAGGUACACCAUUACCUCAAGUCAUAUGGACAAGAAAUGGUCAAGAAAUAAAAUCAAAUGAAUAUUUUCUAAUUGAAUCAUCUCCAAAUGGUAAUCAUCGUUUAAUUAUAAGUAAUGCUCAAUUUGAGCAUGCUGGCAAAUAUGUUGCAAAUGUUAAGCAUAAAAUACAAACACAAUUUAUGAAUUUUAAUGUUAUAGUUAACGAACGAAAAGCAUCAACAACAGCAAGUGCAACAAUUAAUUUAACAGGACUAAAUCCUGAACAACAAAUACAACAAAUACAAGCUCAAAUUCGUCCAUUAUUUCUUCAUUUUGGUUUACAAGAUAUUCCUCGUUCUUUAAAUGAUAUAUUAUUUAAUACAGCUCAAGAUAAACAAUUUCGUACAAGUGAAGAUCAAUUAAAAGAACGAGAACGUUUAUUAAUAUUGCUUACAAAUUACUUAUAUCAAAAUUCGAAUAAUAAAUUAGGCAAUGGAAGAAAAUUUAAUUGGCCCGAAGUAGUGAAAAUUAUUUUUUAUAAUCGUUUUACACUAAUAUCACAAACACAUAAAAUUAUUGAUAUUCCUGAUGGAUAUAAUGUUCAAAUAAAUGAUCUUAUUCAAUAUUCUAAAUAA